GAGAGUUACCCGAGGAGAAGAACCCGAUAGCGAAAGCGACCUCGAGAGCGCAUCCUGCGAACCAGGAAUAUGUCCGAACAUGACGUGGCGAGAUCUUACGGCGCGUGAUAUCGAGGACCGCUGGAAAUAAGAAAAAUACCGAACAUUUCUAACCUCUGGAUGGCACGUAUGAGAUCCGUCCUACGUUUCUCGCGCAUACCGCCGCGGACACGGACUUAUCCGCGAGAAUGUUCGAUAGGCCGUAGGGAGGGGGAGACGUGCUCACGCGCUGCGUCAUAAGUGUAUCCUUCACGAUGCGUCGCUCGAAAUCGUCUCUCGAAUGUAAAACCGUUCGCCGCCUCCGCGCAGGAACCUCCGUGCAGGAUAUGCACUCGUCUUGCCCCGCCAACUACUUCCGACCCGCGAGUUUGGGAGAGCCGUUACCGAUCGUACCUCACGAGACGACGAGAAUUCUGCGACCUGAGGAAGUGCAACGCCAAAGUCGGCACGAACUCGAGGCCCGAAUACGACUCCUCGCGCUCCUACAAUGUCGACCGUCUCGUUAGCAAAAUUCAAGAACUGGACAAGAGCGUUCAGGACCUCGAAAGAUCGAGAUACGACAAAGCGGAAAAAGUUGAGCAGAAGCGCUCGGUGCUGGAGCAGCCGGUGGAUACCGAGAUAACCGACUUGAAAGACGCUCACGACGCCACGGAGAGCUGCCUGCUGGACAUAGAAAGGAUCAGGGCGUUUUUGGGAGACGAGAGCUCCUGGUGGAAGAUGCUGAAGGAACAGUCGGUCAAUUGUUGCCAGGAAAAAUCGCCUCAUCUUCACGGGGUUUUGAACGGAUCAUCGGUUACUUUGAUGCUGCGCGAGGAAGGAAUCGACGAGGCACCGCGUCGUUUCACGUCCACGCCGAAGAAAGGAUCCAACGUCGCUUACUUCAGCUUCCGAAACUCCCGAGCUUCCUCGAGGGAACAGACGAGUGAAAUGAAAUGUGCCGAGCAGUGCACGGAUCCUCCUUGGGAGGAACGCGCGGACGAGUGUACGGUUCCGUGUUACAGCAUCGAUAUGAAAUCGACGUUGAUCGAAGUCGGGAGCAGCGAGAGGCAAGCAGAUCCGCAGACUCAGCGAUACGCCAAAACGGCUACGAGGAGCAAGCAGAAUACUGUUGCUUCGGAUAUUUGGACGGAGACGCGGGAAGGCAGGAGCGGCGAACAGAGAGCGCCGGAUCGGCCGUACAGGUCCAAGGAAACGCGCGACAGAUCGCAGGAGAGGAAAGAGAAAAGGACUGACAGGUCGAAUGUUGCGCCGCCGAGAGAAGUAUGGUACGGCCAAAACGCGGAGACAAUGUACGAGGACACGUCGAGGCCCCGGGAAACGUUCAGUAGCGAGAAUACCGGAAGCACCAAGCACAUCACCGUCGAUUUCACGUCGAACGUGGAUCUGAACGAGGACUUCCCGUCCAGAAGCGCGACGAGCCAUAAGCCACGAACGAAAAUGGUCACCGAGAAGAUCGUUUAUCGCGUCCAAAAGUCUCCGACGAGAGUUACCAAGACCAAAAGCAGGGACUGACGUUCGCAGGGUCGGCGCGCUAUUCAAGGACACGCGUAAAUCUCGCGGUUACUCCAGCUUGUACUCCAGAAAUGUAAUAAACGCCUAA